AUGUCGAAAGAAGUGAGCGAAGAGGGACAAACUCACAACCAUGGAAAAGACUACGUCGAUCCACCACCAGCUCCACUUUUCGACAUGGGAGAGCUCAAAUCCUGGUCUUUUUACAGAGCUCUCAUCGCUGAGUUCAUCGCUACACUCCUCUUUCUCUACGUAACCGUAGCCACCGUCAUCGGUCACAAGAAACAAACCGGUCCUUGUGACGGAGUCGGAUUACUCGGAAUCGCAUGGGCUUUCGGUGGUAUGAUCUUCGUCCUCGUGUACUGCACCGCCGGUAUCUCUGGUGGUCACAUUAACCCAGCUGUGACUUUCGGUCUGUUCUUGGCUCGUAAGGUCUCUUUGGUUAGAGCUGUUGGUUACAUGAUAGCUCAGUGUCUUGGAGCCAUUUGUGGUGUUGGUUUCGUGAAAGCUUUCAUGAGAACUCCUUACAACACUCUUGGAGGUGGAGCUAACACUGUUGCUGAUGGUUACAGUACGGGAACUGCUCUCGGAGCUGAGAUUAUUGGAACUUUUGUCCUUGUUUACACCGUUUUCUCUGCUACUGACCCUAAGAGAAGCGCUCGUGACUCUCACAUCCCUGUUUUGGCUCCACUUCCAAUUGGAUUCGCUGUGUUCAUGGUGCAUUUGGCUACUAUCCCCAUUACUGGAACUGGAAUUAACCCAGCAAGAAGCUUUGGUGCUGCUGUUAUCUUCAACAACUCCAAAGCAUGGGAUGAUCAUUGGAUCUUUUGGGUUGGUCCAUUCUUGGGAGCAUUAGCAGCCGCAGCUUACCAUCAAUACAUUUUGAGAGCUGCAGCAAUCAAAGCCUUGGGUUCAUUCAGAAGCAAUGCAACCAAUUAA